AUGGAUGCCUGGGACGGCCAAGGCAGAGCCAUCACUGGCGUGUCCAUCUCGCUAGGGACGCUCGCAACAUGCAUCGUCUGCACUCGCAUGGGCGCCGUGUACAAAAGAAAAGGCUUUGGCUAUGGCUUGGAGGAUGCGAUGGUGGCGCUUUCCAACUGCUGCUUGAUAGUCAUCACCGUCAUCGGUUGCGAAGCUGUCAAAAACGGCUUCGGCCUGCGAAAAGACGAAAUACCGGAAGCAGGAGGCAACUUACGGCUUGCGCUCAAAUACUUCUUCCUCUUCCAAAUCUUCUACAAAUGCGUCAUCAUGUUCAACAAGCUGGCCUUUCUCCUGCUCUACCUGCGCGUCUUCCAGAUCCACAACUUCCGGGUCAUAUGCCUGUGGUCCAUCGCCAUUGUCAUAACCGGCUCCUUCAGCUUCAUCAUGGCAACCUUACUGGAGUGUCUCCCGGUCGCCUGUAACUGGAACCGCAAAAUGCCCGGGGGCUGCCAAUGCAUCAACAACUCGGCGUUCCGGUGGUCCUGGGCAGCCUUCAACACGCUCACAGACGUCUGGGUGGCACUGCUCCCCAUCCCCUUCAUCCAAAAACUGCAGAUGUCGCGUGCCAAGAAGCUGGGGCUCUGCAUCCUGUUCGCGCUCGGCCUCUUCGUCUGCGUGUGCAGCGCGGUCCGCAUGAAGGCGCUCGUCGCAUCGACCAAGGCCGUCAAGGACACGACGUGGGACUCGGCACCGGCGUUCCUGUGGUCGGGAAUCGAAGCCGCCGUCGGCCUCAUCUGCACCUGCCUGCCGUCGCUGCGCUGGCUGCUGUCCCGCAUCAUCCCCAUGCUGUCGUCCAGCGUCGGCCAGUCGUCGAAGAAGGGCUACUACCAGACCGGGAGCAGCAGCGGCCCUGGCGGCGGCGGCGGCGGCCCUGGCAACAGGGGAUCGGCGGCGUACAGGCUGGGCCAGCUCCCCUUCUCGAACGGCACCAUACUCGGGCGGUCUGACCUGCAUGAGCUUCCCGGGCUCGUGCCGGAGAAGGGGCGCAGCAAGGUGGACGCGACGGCCACGACGACGAACCGGUACGGCGAAAGCUCGAGCGAGGAGCGCAUCAUCGGGCCGGUGCGGAGGGGCGAGAUUCAGGUUGAGACGUGCGUGUCGAUCCAGAGUUCUUCCACCAGUGCCGUCGGCGUGGACUGA